AGGAUGAUCAAACUUUAACAAACAAUUUUUUUUGCGAUGUUAUUUUAGCUAGAGCAGUUCUUUGUUUCAUUUCAGGCUGGCUAUAUUGUUCAGGAAGGAAAGAAUUUUGUACUUCUCUUCCAUUUUACAAUAUAGUUGGUUAGAAAGGGAAACUGCUAAGCGAAAGUGAAUGUAAAGUAUAGUAUGGUGAAGUGAAUAUAAAAGUACAGUUCUAAAAUUUUAGCCAGAAGCGAUUUUUCGUGCAACAGGCAGUUGUUAGAAAUAUUGUGUUUCGUGUUUUUUUACAUUUGAUUAGAAUGAAUUUUAAUACUUAAUAGUAAUCAAAGUAAUAUUGUAAUCGAAAAUUAAUUUCCAAUUUUAAACUCCGAGAAAGUGGAGUAUUGAAAUUAACAGUUCAGCUCCUUAAAGCUAUUAGUAUGUGGCUUAAAUUGUUGCUCUUAACUCUGUACCUCAUCUUUUUGUUCAUAUUAUCUCGAAUUCUGGAAACUGCAUCAUGGUACCAAGACACUGGAUCCUUUCUUUCUUCUUUCGUUGCAUUGGAUCCCAUUACACUAAGUGUGAAAAAGCUGAAAGAAAUAUUGGACAGUCGAGGAGUGAGUUACAUUGGUGUUGUUGAAAAACAAGAACUAAUGGAACUUGUUGAGUCAUCUGGUAUGCCAUCAAAUGAAGAACUAGAAAGUGGGGAAUCUGAGGCAGAAGAUACACCUGAAACUACAAAAUUUACCUGUGGCUCACAUUUUUAUGAAGAGGUUGAAGACACUAAAGACAGUGCUUGGCUUGUUCAAGUGAUAAUGGAUGAUGAUGACUCCCCAUUAUUAUCAGAAAAUACAUGGAAUGAAGUUGUUUUGAAAGUUGCAAAAUUUGGUGUUAGAACUGGCAUUUUCAAGUGCUCCCUGGACAAAAAAUUAUGCAGGCGUAAAAAUUGGACCUCAUCUCGAUUGAUACUUGGGCUUCCUCGAGGCAAUAAAGCGAAAGAAGAUGUCAUUUUACACAACUAUGCACAGCCUUCCAAUACCUUUUAUGUUCUGCAGUGGGUACGGAAGCACUUAGCAACCCAUGUAAAUACCAUCAGUUCAGAAGAAGAGUUGAAGAGUUGGAUGAAACCUUCCGAUACAGCUAGAAAUUCAGAAAUUAAAGUAAUUUUUAUUUCAACUUUAAAAUCUUGUCCGAUUUUUCUCUCGGCUCUAUCAAUAAAGUUCAACGGUAGAGUAAAAUUUGCUACCGUUGAUGUCGCAAAUGCUAAUUUUUAUAAAAAGCCUGUAACAGAUUCACCACUUCCUAUAUAUUUAAUUGUAACUCCCGAAAAAACAUUCCAUUAUGGUUUACGCCGUGGUGAAUGCUACAAUUAUAGAUGCAUGGAGUUAUUUCUUAGAACUUUUAUACCUGAAAUGAAUGAUGUUUUCUUAUGGACAUUACUGUUAAUUAAUGCACUUGCUAGCUUCGAAUUGUUUUUUAUGUAUAGCCAAGUUUGGAAACAUUUCUUGUUCUAUGUUGUGUGUGUUGUUAAAUAUAACAGUUUGUUAUUUCUUUCUUGGUUAUUAAUUUUAGCUCUAUAUCAAUUUCCAGUCAUGUUGACUUGUACCGAUGCCUUGUUAAAAUGUUUAAGGUUUAUAAGUGGUUCCAAUGUGGCUUCCGUUUUGAGAAGUGACUAUAAAAACUUUUAUUCCUACACGUUUUUGCUAGUUACAUUCAUUGUAUUUGCCAGUGUUGCCGGAUUUUUAUUAAAAAAGCUGAAAUGGGUUCAAGAAGAAGACAGCUAUUUGUUUUCAAACUGGUGGUUUGUUCCUCGAGAUAGUUUCGUGACUGCCUAUUUCUUUCGACCGAUGGCCUCUCUAACCAGACCUGCUACAUCACAGGAAUUAGAUCUGGAAGUGGGUAUGGAGCUCCUAAUCGAAAGACUUGCCGUUCCCAAUCUGUGGCUGCAGCCUGUGAUAUCAAUGGACUACAUCAAAGACUUGCCUGUUUGGAAAUAUCAAGGCUGGUGUGAGGCUGACGAUGCCAAUGAAGAAUCUAAAAAUAGUACUCUGCUUUAUAGUGAUGAUGAAAGUGCCAAUGCAAGCUCAUUCCAAAACAACAUUGAAACUCCAGUGCCUAACUCUCAAACCUCAUCAUUUGACAAUCGUUGUUUAAUUGAAACUGCAGCUGCAUCUGAUGUAAAUAAUAAAUCUAGUCAGAAGGAAAGUAUUCCGGAAAGUGAUACUAUUGUACAGUGUUCAAAUUCCAGUUUACAAACUCUGCCACUGUCUUCUAAUCUUUCAGAAGCUCCGAACCGAGUGCCAGACAUUGAUCGAGCUCCUAAAGGCAUGUUGGAGUUUCGAGAAUGUUCUAUAUGUUUGGAAAAUUAUUGUUAUGCUGAAAUACUAUGCGGGCUUCCUUGUGGCCAUAAUUUUCAUAUGAACUGCAUUAUGUUGUGGUUGGCACGUGAUAAUCAUUGCUGCCCUAUUUGUCGUUGGCCUUCAUAUAAACCAAAAUUCCGGUUGCCCCAUCUGCAUUUCCAGUAGUAGAUAAUAAUUAAGAGAAUUUAUUGCUCAUAAUUUUUAUUACACUGCUUGGCAAUAAUUAAUAAUAUUAUUAUUGCUCAAUCCAUUGUUGCGAAUGGGACACUUGCA